AUGGGCAGCAGCAGCGGUCUUAUCCUCGCGUCGAUAGGAACUGUCGGCAUCGACAUUUUGGAGGCGCCACCACCUGCCUCAGCCACGCAGUCGCCCCCAGUUCCCGUUCCAGCGCUCUCCCCGACUCUUUCCGACUUGCAGUCGCGUCGAGGCUCGGCGGCAGAGGUUAUCCUCACUCCUUUGACGGCAAACUCGACCCCGCUGCCUUCCGUCGACUCGGUGGCGGUGGCCACUCAUGAGGCGGCGGCUUACGCAAGUGGCACGAUUGGCGGCGGCGCGCUGUACGCCCUCAUCGGCGCGCGGAUGUGGAUCGAGUCCGGCCAGCUGCGUACACUGAUUGACGCUGCUCCGAGGCCAGCAAAAACGUCGAGCCUCACUAAUAGCGACGCCCAGGCUAACGGCUCUGCCGUGGCGGGCCCCGAGGCAGACGAUUUUCCACAGCCCCUCGAGGCCCACCUGUCCCAGUUCGGGCCAGAUAUGUGGGCGUACAACCGCCAGCCGGGACUGCGCGCAGUCAGCGCCUACCUGUGGUACAAUGCGGACGGGAAGCGCAACCCACUCUUUGGCGCAGAGUACCUGCACGUAUCCCCGCCGUACGCCCCCUCGCAUCUGCGCGCGCUGCUCGACGCGCUCGAGGGUGAAACGACGUGGCGCCCCAAAGUGGUGUUUGAGCCACACCCCGAGAUCAUCAACCCUGGCGAGCGGGCCGCCCUCGAGGCCAUUGCGCACAGGCUGCAUGUUCUAUCGCCAAAUCACGAAGAGCUCCUCAAGUUUUACGGACACUCCGUCCCCGAGCCUGGAGCAGCGACGGUUGCAGAGGUCGAGCACGUCAUCGACCACCUCCUCGCCGUUGGCGUGGGCGAGAAUGGGGACGGCAUCAUUGUUGUGCGCUGCGGGUCGCAGGGGGCGUGUGUCGCCACCCGCGCUGGCGGCAAGCGGUGGAUCCCUGCAUACCUCGACGACUGUCCGCAGCGUGUCAAGGAUGUGACCGGGGCGGGCAACGCUUUUAUCGGCGGCUUUGUCGCCGGGCUGCACUUCACAAACGACCCGUACGAGGCAGGCCUGUACGCGACCGUGUCGGCGUCGUUUGUGGUCGAGCAGCGCGGCCUGCCGAGCUACACGCCCAGCCCGCGCCUCGUGCCGCUGCCGUCCACGCCGCUCUCGGUGCCCUCGCCCAUCUCGCCAAUGCUGGCGCAUGACGACGGGUUCUUUGGUGGUACGAACGGCGCGACGAAGCAGCCGCUGCCGGACAUGUGGAACGAUGAGACGCCGCUGUCGCGGCUGGAGAAGCUGCGCGCGAGGGUCGGGUGGGCGUAG